AUGGAACCCACGACUGCCCCGACUCACCCGCCCAGGCUUGACAACAAAAUCUCACGCGCUGAGCUCAGCAAGUACGAUGGGUCCAACCCAGACCUCCCCGUCUACGUCGCCAUCAAGGGCAAUGUAUUCGACGUCUCGCCCAAGCGCGAGAUGUACUCGCCGGGCAAGGGCUACCACAUCUUUGCCGGCAAGGACGGGUCGAGGGGACUCGGGAUGAGUAGCCUCAAGCCCGAGGACGCCGUUGCAGACUACUCGACGCUCGAUGACAAGCAGCUCAAGGUGCUCGAUGAUUGGGUCGCGUACUAUACCAAGCGCUACAACAUCGAGGGUGUCGUCUCGGAAUAG